CCCGCCCCCGCCGUGAUGUCAGCGGCUGGGAGGAAGACCCGUGGGGUUUUUGGGUUCUGCCGUCCAGUCCUGUGGGGCCGCAGGGCUGAGAGUUUGUGGUCCGUCCCGGGCGGCCGCCUCGCUGCUCUCUUUGGGGAAAAGCCGAGCGCUGGGCUUCGAUUCGCCGUCCGAAGUGUUUCCUCUGAGGAUUCUUCCUCUCUUCCUCCUCCUCCUCUCCUCUGCGGGUUCAUCAUGUCGGCCGACUGUUGAAUCUUUUUUUUGUCCUUCCAUCGCCUAAAGUUGAAUAAAAGAGAAAAACAGAAAGUUCUGAAGCCAAUAAAGAACUUUUCAGAUCUCCCAGUUUUUGCUCUUAGUCCUCCAUUAUUAAAAUGUCUUCCGCCCUGAAGCUGCGCUCCGUCCAGUAGCGCUGCGUUCCUCCAGUCCAGCUCUUCUUCUUCUGGUGUUUUUUUGUUGGGAGAUGUUUGGGAUCCAGGACAGCCUGCCUCGCGGCGCCGCGGCCGGCCUGAAGGAGGAGCCGCUGGCCGUCCGCUCCUGGAUGCACUCGGCCGGCGUGGUGGACGCCAACACCGCCGCUCAGAGCGGGGUGGGGUUAGCGCGAGCUCACUUUGAGAAGCAGCCGCCGUCCAACCUGAGGAAAUCCAAUUUCUUCCACUUCGUUCUGGCGCUGUACGACCGGCAGGGGCAGCCCGUUGAGAUCGAACGCACCACAUAUGUCGACUUUGUGGAGAAAGAAAAGGAGCCGAGCGGAGAGAAAACCAACAACGGGAUUCAUUACAAGCUGCAGCUACUUUACAGCAACGGUGUCCGAACGGAGCAAGACCUCUACGUCCGACUCAUCGACUCCAUGACCAAACAGGCCAUCAUCUACGAGGGCCAGGACAAGAACCCAGAGAUGUGCCGAGUCCUGCUCACUCAUGAGAUCAUGUGCAGCCGCUGCUGCGACAAGAAGAGCUGUGGAAACAGGAACGAGACGCCAUCAGACCCGGUCAUCAUCGACAGGUUCUUUCUGAAGUUCUUCCUGAAGUGUAACCAGAACUGUCUGAAGAACGCAGGGAAUCCUCGGGACAUGAGGCGGUUCCAGGUGGUGGUUUCUACAACCGUCAACGUAGACGGCCAUGUUCUCGCUGUAUCAGACAACAUGUUCGUCCACAACAACUCCAAACAUGGCCGCCGAGCUCGAAGAUUGGAUCCAUCUGAGGCAGCCACUCCCUGUAUAAAAGCCAUCAGUCCCAGUGAGGGCUGGACGACAGGCGGCGCCACUGUCAUUCUCAUCGGAGACAACUUCUUCGAUGGACUCCAGGUUGUCUUCGGCACCAUGCUGGUGUGGAGCGAGCUGAUCACGCCCCACGCCAUCCGGGUCCAGACUCCACCCCGUCAUAUCCCCGGGGUCGUUGAGGUCACGUUGUCCUACAAAUCCAAGCAGUUCUGUAAAGGAGCGCCAGGACGCUUCGUCUACACGGCGCUCAAUGAGCCAACCAUCGACUACGGCUUCCAGAGGUUACAGAAGGUCAUCCCCCGUCACCCCGGAGACCCUGAGAGGCUGCCCAAGGUACAGAACCGCAGGGUACCGCACAGAACCACCCAGAAUCUGAAGAACCUUCAGAACCUCUGGCAGAGGAAGCGAUUAGUGGUUCUGUGUCUCCAUCAGUGAGCGUUCUGGUCGGCU